ACCUAUUCCUGUAAUAGGCAAAUAUCUAGUUAUUGCUUAUACAUAGACAAAACGGUGGUAAAAUUUCAAACCGAAGUAAAACCCUAACCCCGCUCGGUUUGUCGACCGUUGGACUCCUCGUUCCUCUCGUCCUCCCCCUUUCUCUCUUUUUCACUCUCAUCCUCCUCCUCCAAUUUCUCCUCCUUCGACCCCUUCCUCUUCCGAUCGAAACCCUAGAAAAAAGAAAAAAGCCGAUAGAAGAGAUCGAGAAAAUGCUGAGAAGCACCAGAGGGGGCAAAUCGACGGCGAAGAAGAAGCCCCUUUCGGAUAUAUCCAACGGUCGGAAGCCGCUGAGAUCCCGCAAGAAGGAGAAGGCCCCAGCGGGUGAUGGGAGCGACGGCGCUCUCGAUCUCCUCCUCCUCGUGCGCUCCGAUCUUUCCGAUCUCAUCAACCAGGUCGAUAAGCUUGCCGCGGAAACCCUUCAUUGUAAAACGGCCGCCAAGAAAGGAACCCAAGAGAUAGAAUCCUUCAGACAUGCCUUGUCUGAUAUGCAUUCAUCUUUGAAGUCCUGGUCGCUAAGGCUCCAACAAGCAUUUGCAAGUACUUCGCCCAUUUCUGAGAAUCAGUCGGAAAGCAAUUUAGAUUCUUGUCCUGUUUCUUCUGCUGCCGCAGCAGGAGACGGAAAUGUGGUGGCGAAAAAUGAGACAUUACCUGAUCUGGAUGUGAUAGUCUCUCCUUCGCCCCUCGUUUCCUGGCGUGCUGGUGCUUGUCGGGUUGGGAAUGAGAGGCAGUUAUUUCUUCUAACACCGUUGCCCACCCCCAAAAUUCGUUCGUGUAAAUACAUGACAUCAUCGAAACGAGUGGUGGAAAUUCUUGCCUCUAAGGAUGAAAACAACCCUCAUCAAUUGCCCGAGUCCUUAAUCAACCCUACAAAUCAUGUCGAUUUACUACAGUGCGUGAAAGCGAAGGACGUAACAAGUGAUGUUUUAAAGCCUUUGGUGACUUCACAUUUCUCACCUGUGCGAUUUUCGAACCAGAAGAGCAGGAGAACCUCUGUACUUUUGCUAACUCCUUGCUUGAGGACAUCAGCACUCAAGCCGAUCUCUAAGCCCUCAAGUAACAAAGAAAUCAACGUGUUUGAAGCAACUCAAGACAAUAAGAUUUCUGGACACUUUGAUGAGCUGUUAAUGGAAGAAGUUUCACAGAGCUUGGCAUCGAAGUACAAGGAGCUCUUUCAGUUCCAGCCAGCUCUUAAUACUGUGGGUGCUCGUAGGAGGGAAGUCGAUGGAACUCUUGAAUGGUUCUUGUCGCCCCCGAAGACUUGUGUACUAAUGGAGCCACCGAAUGAAAAGCCGCUCCAAACACCUCCUACUAAUAGUAGGGCUUCUUUGCUUGGUACCUCUGGAUGGAAUAACUUCGAAAGCACUAUAAGGACUAAUGGUAAGAAGCCUGGAGAAGAAACACUGAAAAAAGAACUCUGGACGAAAUUUGAUGCAGUUUCGACAAAUGAACUACACUUCGAUAAAACUGUCUUUGAGAGGACGACAAGGAAAGGUUUUCUAGAUAUGCUUGAAGAGGUCUCAAGUGAAAAUGCUUCCAGUUUCAGUGUUGCAAGAUAGCGGCAGGUUGAAACAAAAAUUGGCAGUUGUACUUAAUAGAGAUAUUGUCUUCGAAACAAUCUGCGAGAUUGUGAUUUUUGUUCUGUUACAUGCCAUCUUCAGGGUAUUUGCUGUGGAGGUUAGCUAUUGAGGUUAAAUUCUUUCUUGGAGCUUGAACUCGUCAAAAUUUUGUUGUAUGUAUGUUCAGUGCAUUGAUUUUCGUAUAGUAUAAUAUCUUCUGGGUUCUUGGAUUUAUAAUCUCAUGAAUAAAACACCCUUAUGGUGGGUACAAGUAAUUCAA